AUGUCUAAGGAAUUGUGUGAACUAAUUAAUUUGGCUGAUAAUUAUGUUGUUGAUGAUCCGAGCAACCCCGGAGAAUAUAAUUCUAUGCGUUUUUUAGGUAUGAUUUUCUCUGGUAAUGAAUGUAAUAGUGAUGACCAAAAACUUAGCUCUGGUUUUAUAGCAUUGCUAACUUUACUUAAUAGUAUUAAUAAUAAUGAAAAUUUAGAGGGUGAUAAACUUGUGGAAUAUGCUAUUUUAUGGUUAAGUUAUAAACUAAAUAAAAAAAAAGAAAAUGGAACGACCAUAUUAAACGAUUUUUAUAAUAAUAAUGUAGUAAAUAGUUGUUAUUAUCAGAAAAUAAAUGCUGAUAGUGAUAGUGAUAGUGAUAAUAAGAUUAAUAAGGAUGAUAUAGAAAAAAAAAUAGGAUCGAUGGAUAUUGAUAUUAAAGAUAUAUCUAAUUUUUAUGAUGCAUUUAAAUCAUUAUGUAACAUGUAUAUUGAAAUUGGUGCAGAAAACUACCAAUGCAAUAAAUGUCUAGAAAAUGCUGGAGAAUUGUUUGAAAAAUAUGAAAAACUUAAAAAUGCUUUAGAUAUUAAUAAAGGAAGUUCUUAUUAUAAACUAUUGUCUAGUUUAUCAAAUGAUUAUAAAAAUUUUGAAAAUAAAUAUAAUAGCCAUGAAUGUAGUCGUAUCUCACCACUUGUAGCUUAUCCACGAAGUUCAGUAAUAAAAAAUACACUAAUUACAAUUUCAGUUAUAUUUGUUGCAGCAUCGAUUUUAUUGGGAGUUUCUUAUAAGUAUUCGUUAUUUGGAUUUCGGAAACGAUCUCAAAAACAUUUAAGAGAAAAGCUAAAAAAAUAA